AUUUUAUUCUAGUUCCUUGACAGAUGGAAGGUGCCUCAUCGAAACUAGGUAACAUGAAAGUAUUCACAGAGAGUUCACAGAUGAAGCUAUGGAAGAGAGAAAUAUCAUGCCUAUGUUUUCUUCUUCUUCUGGUUACAUCUGACUCAACAGUUUCAUUGUCUGAAAUAAGACUUUCAAGAUCUCCAGAAGGGGAUGUGAACGUUGGAGAAAAUGUUUCUCUAACAUGCAACGCAUCAACAAAUUUAGAUAUGCAAACAUACACCUGGUACAAGUUUGAGAAUGACUGGAGGAAGUAUAAAUAUGGACAAACAAUGGAAGAAACUUUUCAGAAUAAUAACAUCAAAUAUUACUGUCAUGUUAAAGUGGCUGGUGGCAUCAGACAGUCUCCAUUUUUUUCACUGUCUGCUUUUCAUUCACCCAGAGAUGUAAAUAUUGAAAUACAUCCAAACUGGCAGGUGACGGAAGGAAAUGAAGUUAAAAUUAACUGUGUUGUGAACAGUAGCAAUCCAGAAGCUACAGUGACCUGGAUGAGAAAUAACACAAAUUAUUUGGAGACUGACAUGCUUUACUUCAGGAAUAUCACUAAAAGAGCUGCUGGAGAAUACAAGUGUGUUGCUAUAAAUUUCCUGGGACAAGCAGAGUCAGCAACAGCUGUAUUAGAUAUUUGGUCUCCAAGUACAGUAGCAACAGUUACUUCCAUUUCUCCCACCAUUACACUGAUUCAACAAACCACUUCCAAUUUAACUUCACAAAUUUCAGCGGCUACAACUGUUCGAGAUGAAUCCAUCACGACUACUCCCAGUAAUACACCAAAUCCCAUAAUACCUAUCAUUGUUGUAGUCGUGUGCAUUUUCAUGUUGCUGCUGAUUAUAACAAGUGUUAUUUGCUGGAAACGACGUCAGUCAAAAAAGAGAAAUGAUGCCUUGACUAAUAUGACAUUUAAGAAAAAGGAAGAAAAUGAAAAUGAAAAAUGCAUCUACACAGCACUGGAUGAUACUAAUAUGGCAAAUGAUGAUUAUACUACACUAAAGAAACCUGAAGACCAGAGUGAUAAGCAUAUCUACUCAGCCCUGGACACUUCAGCAACAUUAUCUGAUAAUUACGGCACCUUACAGCCCAGCAAAGAUGAAGAGAAAAUUGCUGUGUAACUUACGUCAUUGCUUCAUCAGAUUUUAAGCAUUUGAAAGAAAUCAUGAAAGAAAAAAGCAGGAGGCUCCAAUCAAACCAAAUCAAUUAUUAACCAUAAUGCUCACUUUUGCAUAUAUUCAACUUUUAAAUGCUACCAGAUGCAUAUGGCUGAGUUCUGUCUUUAUGUAUCAGUUGACUAUACUGUUCAAAUACUGUGCAUAACAAUUUCUAACUGCAGUCUGGAAAAUAAAUAUGCAUUUAGUUAAAAUGUGUAGUUUAGCAACUAAAAUUUCAUCAUUGUAUCAAAACUAACUCUGUUCUCCAAGACGUUUAAUGCACUGAUUUUUUUUUCUGAAAACUUUUUAUGUUAUAAUAAAUGCACUUUCAGAGGUUCUCUGUAAA